AAAUUAACAAACGAAUUUACUAGACUGUGCUAUUACUUGUACCCUUUCAAGGAAAUUAAUAACAUGUAAUAUCUAACUAGAAUUCUUCUCAGGCAUAUAUAGAUUCUGUGUUGGAACUGUCAUGUUAUUAUUUAUUUAAACAAUGCACUCAGGAUGUAAGCAAAUACAACCAACAAACUAAGUUUUUUUUUUUUUUUUUAAUGUUGCUGUGAUUUUGACGUUUCAAGUUCAGGAGCUUUUGUGUCAUUUUCUGUGAAUUGUGAUGUCGAAAGAUAAGGGCCCUUUUCUCAUGAUGCCAUAUAUAUAUAUAUAUAUAUAUAGUUUUCAAUUAUUUUUCACAAUGAUUGGUAAAAGUAUAGGUAAAAAGCAUCUUCCCAAGUCAAGGGUUAUUGAUUCGUUAUCUCAAACUUACAUGUUAGUGCGAGGUAACGAAUCCAUAACACGUGACUUGUGAAGAAGGGUAUAAAGAUGAAAAAAGAAACACACACACACACACACACACACACACACACACACACACACACACUCACACAUAUAUAUAUAUUUAGAGAAAGAGAGAGAGAGAGAGAAAGAGAGAUGAAUUCAGAAAAAAAAUGAUACCAGGAAGCAGAGUGGUAUAGUGACUAGUGAGUCUUAUCAAUAUGGAAGUGUCCUCAUCAUCAUGUAGACGUAAGUGUAGAUCAGAAUUUAUUUCCAGCAUGUCCACAGUAGGACUUUAAAGAUUUUAACUCUUAUAUUAGUAUACUCUUCAAAUAAAGAAAUGCAGAACUGAUUUUGGGGAUAUAAUAAAAUGAAGAUUUAUUAAGGAUAAUAAUAUGUUUAAUAUAAAUGAAUUUAUUCAACAUCACACUAAUGUUCAAAUUUUCAUUUGUAAAGAAUAUUUAUUGCACUUCAAAAGUUCAAGGUCACUUCGCCUGAGUAUCUGGUAUGUCCACCAAUGGCAUCAAUAACUGCUUGGCCUUGUCUUCCCAUUGAUGAAAUCAGAUUUUGAAUAAACUGUCGUGGGAUGUUAUUCCACUCAAUUUGCAAGUUGUUGCAAUGUCUGAAAUGCAGGUUGACGUUGUCGAAUGUGUCUAUCCAGUUCAUCCCAAAGGUGCUCAAUAGGGUUCAAAUCCGGCGAUUUUGAUGGCAAAGGCAGAACUGGGAUUUUAGCGUUAAGGAAAACAGUCAUAUGCCUAGCUGUGUGCGGUCUUGCGUUGUCGUGCUGAAAAAUUGGACCAUUAUUCUGCAUAAUUGGUACAUGAUGCCAUAGAAUUUCAUCACUGUAGCACAGAUUGCCCAAUACAUACACUAACUGUGUCCUUGCAGUAUGAGAUAUUGCUGCCCACAUCAUUACACUUCUGCCACCAAACCUGUCCACUUCCUGGAUAUAGUUGGGGGGCAAAACACUCAUUUCGACGUCAGUAAACCCUUGCUCUUCCAUCUGCUCAGUGCAGCAGGAACCUCAACUCAUCACUGAACUAAACAGUUCUCCAGCGCAUCUGUGGCCACACCCGAUGUGUCUGGGCCCAUUGAAGUCUGUUUUGUCGAUGUUGCUGUGACAAGACAACCACUCUUACAGGUUGCCUUGCUCUAAUUCCAUUCUCAUGCAAACAGUUAUGGAGUGUCUGGCCUGAUAUCCUACAUUGUCCAUGGAUGGCAGCAGCUGUAGAUGAGCUGUUGUGAACUUUCACGUCUGAUGAACCUAUCCUGGACCAGCAUUGUUACCGUUGGUUGCCCAGAACGGGGACGGUCACAUGUUGAUCCGUGUUGGUGAUAACUGUCCCAUAUACAAGAUAUGGUACUCAGGGACACAUUCAGAUAUUGGAAACUGCUGUCUGUGAUUUCGCCUGCUUCUUAUUGACCGAUUGCAUUGCUCCGCUGGGUUUUGUUGAGACAUGGCAUAACUUCGUUGUUGACUGUCUAAAGGCACAACUGAUUUUAAAAAUCUAGAACCCCUGGCUUUUAUAGGCUUAAGGUCUAUGUCCUAUGAGAAAUGCAUGCCAAUUAACUUGAUAAACGUGUGUGAAUUGUGCAAAUCAAGCAUAUACCAAUUCAUGCAAAGCAAUGACCUGUCCCAUUUAGUAACCCUUGAAAGGAAAACUAACUGGUUCAUUUUUCUCAACAGUAUUACAUACUGGAUUUAUAAACACAUAAUUUUCAUCAAGCAAAUAAUUUCUUCAUAAGAAAAAAAUAUUAAAAGUGCUAUGCAUUCCUUUUUUUGAAGAGUAUAUUUACUCUAUGUACAUCCACAUAAUUAGUAUAUCAUAUAUUUAAGAAUUAUGAUGCCUUGGGCUAGAGUUGGCCUACAAGAGAAAUCUGAAGAUUCAAGAUUGCUGGAAGAUGUACAAGUGUCGCCUGCCAAAGAAAUCAAAGCAAUCGACCGAAAGUCAGUCCACAGAAUCUGUUCAGGGCAGGUUGUCCUAACUCUAGCAACAGCAGUUAAAGAACUGGUAGAAAACAGCAUAGAUGCAGGCGCAGUCAGUGUCGAAAUAAAAUUAAAAGACUAUGGACUGGAAUCAAUUGAAGUUAGUGACAAUGGGAGUGGUGUGGAAGAAAGUAAUUUUGAAGGACUAACCCUAAAGCACCAUACCUCAAAGCUUCAGGACUUCACAGAUCUAAUCAAUGUAGAGACUUUCGGUUUUCGAGGGGAAGCUUUAAGCUCCUUGUGUGCCCUCAGCUCACUAACUGUCACAACAAAACACAGUAAUGCAAGUGUUGGUACAAAACUGGAAUUUGAUCACAAUGGAAAGAUAAAGACCAAGUCACCCCACCCUCGGCAGAGUGGAACCACAGUGCUGCUACAGAAUCUGUUCUCCACUCUUCCUGUCCGUCACAAGGAAUUCCAGAGAAAUGUCAAAAAGGAGUUCAAUAAAAUGGUCCAGGUGCUCAACUAUUACUGCAUUAUCAGCACUGGGGUGAGGAUAACCUGCACAAACCAACCCAAGAAAGGAAGUCGAUCAACAGUGGUGUCAAGCAAUGGAAACAAAUCUUUAAGAGAAAAUAUCACUGAUGUUUUUGGCCCCAAACAGAUGCAGAGUUUGUCAGAGUUUGUGAAGUAUAAUCCAAGUGAAGAUGUUUUAGAGGAGUUCAAUCUCAAGACCACCAAAGACAUUACUGACUGCUUUAGUUUGGAGGGCUACGUUUCUAAGUGUCAGCAUGGCCUAGGGAGGAGUGCCACAGACAGACAGUUUGUCUUCAUCAACAAACGACCUUGUGAUUCAUCAAAGAUUUCAAAGGUGAUUAAUGAAGUUUACCAUCAGUACAAUCGACACCAGUAUCCCUUUGUGGCUGUUAACAUCACCAUGAGGAAAGAGUCAGUAGAUGUAAAUGUAACACCAGACAAACGUCAGAUUUUUAUGGAAAAUGAGAAGAUUCUACUGGCUACAAUCAAGAUGUCCCUUGUGAGGAUGUAUGAACACACUGUGUCGGCCUAUCCCUUGUCAAUGGUCACCAACAAAUUCUCCCACAAAUACCCGUCCCCAGAGAAAAGUGGCCAAGAGAGUAAGGAGGCAAGGAUGGAACGUCAGUGUAUUGGAACUAAAAAUCAGAUUUCAGCACUAAGUAACCUAAAGAGAAAGUUUUCAAGUUCAUUUUCCAAAACUGAGUCUCCCUCAGGAGCUGCAUCACCCUCUCAGAAAGACAGAAGCCCUGCCUCCAAACAAAGAAGACUUGAUAAGUUUGUUUUCAAGACUUCUCCCAGAAAAGAACUGAGGGAUGGGGUGAAAGAAAUGUAUUCUCCACAGCAGGAGAAAUCUGAUUCAGAGGACACUGUUAUCAUACUAGAAGAGGACAUAACAAAGUCUUCAGAUUUAACUAAAGGGGGACAAAUUGCAAAGAGUUUCGCAUCAGAGAAUGGCCUUACAAUGGGGCCAGAUGGAGACUGUCCUAAGACAGAUAUGAAGAUUGUAUUUCACAGUCACUCAGACCAAUCAGAGAUAACAGAAGGCACUGCCGCCACUUUAGGCUUAAACUCAGAGGAUGGAAUCUCAAACUGUAACCCAUUGUGUUCAAAAGAAAUUAAUGACAUGUCUUUAACUUCCCAAAAUGAGUCAGGAGAACAGAAUCUUAAAUGUUCAGUCACUGGUACAUCUUCCGUGUCCAAAUUACAGGACAGUGCAAAUUGUCUGAAGUCUUCCAUUGAUGAUUCCACUGCCUCCAGUAUGUGUUCAGAAAAAACCAGUGAAGAUGUUAGGGAGUGUUCUGAUGAUGUAUUGUGUUCAGAUUUUAUACCCAGUGAUAUUGUGAAGGAUAUCAAAGCCUGUGGUGAUGUCACAAUGUGUUCAGAAGACACUGACUUGUUAGCUGGUACCACGGGGUGUUUGGAGGACACUCAGUUGUGUUCAGAUAGUAUUUCUGGUAAUACUAGUAAUGUUUCAAAGAGAGUCAAUGAUGAUAAACUUAAGAACUUGGAUCACUUGUGUAAAACCAACAGUAUAUGUUCAGAUCUGACAGGAAGUUCUUCACCCACAGAAAACAAUCAGCUGGCAGUCACAAGUCUGGACCAGAAAGAAUCUCAUUCCAGGAGAGAGACAUAUGUACAGUUCAAUUUUACACAACUUAAAGAGAAAUUUCAGUCAGCAUCAAGAAAAAGGACUAGCGAAAAUGAGAUGUAUAGGAGAUUCCGCGCUGUGAUCUCCCCCAAUGAGAACCAAUCUGCAGAGGAGGAACUCAACAGGGAAAUCUCAAAAAGUAUGUUUAGAGAGAUGGAGAUCCUUGGACAGUUCAACCUCGGCUUCAUUAUAGUGAAGUUGGACAAUGACUUGUUUAUAGUUGACCAGCAUGCAACAGAUGAGAAGUACAACUUUGAGAUGCUUCAGCAGCAUACAGUGAUUCAGUGUCAGAAGCUGAUACAACCCCAGAACCUGGAACUUACAGCCAGCAAUGAAACCAUUCUGAAUGACAACCUGGAGGUGUUCAAGAAAAAUGGAUUUGAUUUUAUCAUAGAUGAAAGUGCCCCUCCCAUGCAGAGGGUAAGGCUUACGUCAAUCCCGGUCAGCAGGAACUGGACAUUUGGCAAGGAGGACAUUGAAGAACUGAUAUUUAUGCUCUCGGACUCUCCAAAUGUGAUGUGUCGGCCUUCUCGAGUUCGUCAAAUGUUUGCAUCAAGAGCCUGCAGAAAAUCUAUCAUGAUUGGCACUGCAUUAAAGAAGUCAGAAAUGAAAAGGCUUGUAUGCCAUAUGGGAGAAAUAGAACAGCCUUGGAACUGUCCUCAUGGGAGGCCUACAAUGAGACACCUCAUCAAUUUAGAUAUGGUUCCAAAGUAGCCGCCAACAGGAAAAUAUGUACAACGAACAAAAAUAAACAAUUAUUUUAUCAUAGAAAGUAGAGUUGAACAUGUAUAGAAAAAAAUGAACACUUGGGCUUUACCAUCUUCGCAUGGCAAGUGUCUGAUUUGCUUGCCGUCAUUUCUGUAGACUUGGCUUCUGAAGAUGGAGAUCUACAUAUUAAAUAAGAUCUGAUUUUCUCA